AUAGACAGGCUACCAUUAAUGCAAUACAUGUAAGUAACAGGGUCAUUGAACAGGAAUUGGAAGAGUUUACAGACAAGGAAGAGUGGAUCGAUGAGCUUGAAAAUGAUAGCAAAGAGAUUCACAAGGUUUUCAAUACUGACGAAUGUGUUUCAGAAGAAGAUGAAUUAUAUUAUAACCCAUGGACAGAUUAG